CAUUCAGGGAACCCACAGUGGCUUUGCCGGAUGGGUUCUUUGGCGAGUUGGGGGGAGGAUAAUCUAUAAGAGGAAUGAAAAGGGGUGGGGACAUCCAUGAGCAAAAUGUCAGGGGAGGAGGAGUUUUAUCUGUUCAAGAACAUCUCCCCAGUGGGACCAUGGGAUGGGCCUCAGUACCACAUCGCCCCGGUCUGGGCCUUCCACCUCCAGGCAGCCUUCAUGGGCUUUGUGUUCUUCGCAGGGACCCCACUGAAUGCCACGGUGCUGGUGGCCACCCUGCGCUACAAGAAGCUGAGGCAGCCCCUCAACUAUAUUCUGGUCAACGUGUCCCUGGGCGGCUUCCUCUUCUGCAUCUUCUCCGUCUUCACCGUCUUCAUUGCCAGCUGCCAGGGAUACUUCGUCUUCGGCCGCCAUGUUUGUGCUCUGGAGGCCUUCCUGGGCUCUACAGCAGGUCUGGUAACGGGCUGGUCGCUGGCCUUCCUGGCCUUUGAACGCUACAUUGUCGUCUGUAAGCCCUUCGGCAGCUUCCGCUUCAGCUCCAGGCACGCCCUGAUGGUGGUCCUCGCCACCUGGACCAUUGGCAUUGGCGUCUCCAUCCCACCUUUCUUCGGCUGGAGCCGGUUCAUCCCCGAGGGCCUGCAGUGUUCCUGUGGCCCCGACUGGUACACCGUGGGCACCAAAUAUCGCAGCGAGUACUACACCUGGUUCCUCUUCAUCUUCUGCUUCAUUGUGCCUCUUUCCCUCAUCUGCUUCUCCUACGCUCAGUUGCUGGGGGCCCUUAGAGCUGUUGCAGCCCAGCAGCAGGAGUCGGCUUCCACCCAGAAGGCUGAGCGGGAGGUGAGCCGCAUGGUGGUGGUGAUGGUGGGGUCCUUUUGUCUCUGUUAUGUGCCCUAUGCUGCGCUGGCCAUGUACAUGGUCAACAACCGUAACCACGGGCUAGACUUGCGGCUUGUCACCAUCCCUGCCUUCUUCUCCAAGAGCGCAUGCGUCUACAACCCCAUCAUCUACUGCUUCAUGAAUAAGCAGUUCCGGGCUUGCAUGAUGGAGAUGGUGUGUGGGAAGUCCAUGACAGAUGAGUCUGACAUGUCCGGCUCCCAGAAAACAGAAGUUUCCACUCUCUCUCCUAGCCAAGUGGGCCCCAGCUAGGGUGCCAUAUUGGACUAUUUGAAGCAAUUUGGAUUUUACAUUUAAGGAAAUUUCUACUUUCUCUGCUAAAAUCCAAACUACUAACCUUGCCGGAAACAUAUGGGAAGGGGAGUGGUGACCAUUUUGGGGGAUCGAUUUUCCAUUUUCCUAUUAUUUCCCUUCUUACCUACAAAGCAACUGUUCCAGCUGGGUCCAUCUCAGAACACAUCAAAGGCCUUUGCAGCAAUCAUGUUUCUACUAAGUGGCAAGAUUCACAGCACUUGCAGACUCAUCUCUAAAUACUACAACACAUCUAUAAAGGAGUAUGGUUGAGCUCUCAGUGUAUGAGUAACAAUUAUCUCCCUUUUUAGUAACAUUAUUUCCCUCCUGGGGUUCUGUUCUGAGAUGAUACAUUCUGAGAAAACACCUUAGAAAUAAGAGAGAUUUAAAAGACAAAUAAAACCUUUAGUAAGUCCCAAAUAUGA